AUGGUCAACGUAGGUUCAGCGGCCGAUCCUAUCGUCACUCGUCUCGUCGAAGAGGACAAGACACCAUGGUACAAGAAACCAAACCUCCGCCUCAUGUACGUGUGGCUCUUUUGCUGCUGUAUGGGCGUUGAGAUGACCUCUGGGUUCGAUUCGCAGCUCAUCAACACGCUCCAGUUUGCGCCUACGUUUCAUAAGUACUUUGGCAAUGGGCGCACGAACGAAGAUGGCGAUUUUGCCAUUGAGCCAGGCUUGCUCGGCUUCGUCAACUCGUCGUAUCAGCUUGGCUCUAUCUUUGGUGUUCCACUCGCGCCUUGGUUCGCUCAUCGCUACGGACGACGAUGGUCCAUCAUGUUGGGUUCUCUGAUCAUGGUUGUUGGAGCCCUCCUUCAAGGUUUCGCACAGCACGUUGCCAUGUACAUCAUUGCACGCAUGCUGCUCGGAGUUGGCAUCCUCUUCUGCAUCAUCUCUGGUGCUGCCUUGAUCGGAGAGCUUGGCCACCCCAAGGAGCGUGCUAUUCUGACAUCGCUCUUCAACUCGUCGUACUUUAUCGGACAGAUCACGGCUUCAGCCAUUGCUCUUGGCACCACCAAUAUCCCUAGUAACUGGGCAUGGCGUGUCCCAUCUCUCCUCCAGAUCUGUCCAUCUUUGCUUCAGAUCGUUACCGUCUUCCUACUUCCGGAAUCUCCCCGUUUCCUCGUCGCGAACGACAGAAGUGAAGAGGCCGCCGCCAUUCUGGUCAAGUACCACGCUGAGGGCGAUGCCAACUCGCAGCUCGUCCAAGCCGAGAUUGUACAGAUUCGAGAGACUAUCAAGACUGAGAUGGAGGUUUCCAAACAGUCCUGGCUUGACCUCCUCCGUACCAGCGGCAUGCGUCGCCGUGUGCUCGUCACGGUCUUUAUUGGUCUCUUCACCCAACUUUCUGGCAACACUCUCAUCAGCUACUACUCUGGCAUUCUCUUCCAGAUGAUGGGAUAUACCACCAACUACGCGAAAACCCGAAUCAACCUUGCUUACGCCUGCUGGGGGUUGAUUAACGCGACAAUCAUUGCCCUUGUCGUCACCCGCUUCAAGCGCCGACAUAUGUACAUGCUCUCGGCCUGUCUAAUGCUCGUUACCUUCAUUGCCAUCACCGUCUCCCUUGAGAGACUGCAGGCUGCACAGGCAGCUGACGUAAAGAACCGUGCCGCUGGCAUUGCCGCCCUGUUCUUCUACUUUGCCUACUCUCCAACCUACAACAUCGGAAACAACGCUCUCACAUACACCUAUCUCGUUGAACUUUGGCCUUACGCCCAACGAAGCCGUGGUAUCGGUGUUCAGCAAAUCUUUGGCAAGCUCGCAGGAUUCUUCUCCACGAACGUCAACUCGAUUGCGCUCAAUGCCAUCAAGUGGCGUUAUCUUGCCAUUUAUUGUGGCUGGAUCUUCUUUGAGUUUUGCAUCGUCUUCAUGCUAUACCCAGAGACGAGCGGCCGAACUCUUGAGGAACUCGCUUUCCUCUUUGAAGACGACGAGUUCAACGAGAAGACAGUUGCUGCUGUCGAGAAGCAGAUUCACUUUGGGGACCAGACCGAGAGCUCUAAGCAGGAGGGUAACCCUACCCAGACUCAGCACAGAGAGCUCGUAUAG